AAUCGAGGUCACGCAUAUAUGUGACACAAUUUCUGUCGCAGACAGGGAUGAUAUAGUAGUUCUGGUGAACCGGAGUGCCUUCAGGGGUGAACCCUGGUGCGUCUGCGUCCACCGAAAUAAAAUGAAGAUCUCACGGCAUCUACGACAGAAUUCCACCAUCGUCUGAAUCUAGAGGGGGGCUUGCUUUGUUCAAACACAUCGCGCCGAAUGGGGAAUUUCUGAAAAUACAGCAUUAUCUCAUUAAAGCUGCUACCGCCUGAUAAAAUACAAUGACAUAACUAACAGUAAAUAUCUCGGAAGGCAUUAAUCUCAGACGACUUCUGAUUAAUGGAGGCAGACGGUGUCAGCCACAGCAAGAAAAACGCAUGAUGGCCAAAAGUGGGGACCUGUGAGAAUUUAAAAAUAACGCCGGUGACUGUGGAGUAUAUAAAGGGCAGGCUCACAGAGUUAACACGUCAAAGCGGUUUCUUUUCUGCUGCUGUUAGCCGUCCAACACACUUAGUAUAAUGAAGGUUGCAAUUGCUCUUUUCUUGGCCCUGGUGGCAGUUUCCAGCGUGUGUGGAACAUAUGUUUAUCCUGUAUAUAAAGGUGUCGUCGGUGUGGGUAAGGCUGGCGGUUACGGUUUGGGUGUAGGAGGCUAUGGCGGCGUUGUAGGAAAAGCUGGAGUUGGCCUCGUCGGCGGUGUAGGAAAAGCUGGGGUUGGCCUUGUCGGUGGUGUUGGAAAAGCUGGAGUUGGAUACGGCGGCGUUGUAGGAAAAGCUGGAGUUGGAUAUGGCGGAGUUGGUUAUGGCGGCGUUGUAGGAAAAGCUGGAGUUGGAUAUGGCGGAGUUGGUUAUGGCGGCGCUGUAGGAAAAGCUGGCGUUGGUUACGGCGGCGUUGUUGGAAAAGCUGGUGGAGUAGGCCUUGUCGGUGGUGUAGGAAAAGCUGGCGUCGUCGCCCCCGUAGGAAAAGCUGGAGUUGGUUAUGGCGGCGUUGGUUAUGGCGGCGUUGCAGGAAAAGCUGGAGCUGGCCUUGUAGCCCCUGUAGGCGUGGGUGUGGGAGGUUACGGCGGCGUUGUAGGUAAAGCUGGAGCUGGCCUUGUCGGUGGUGUAGGAAAAGCUGGAGUUGGUUAUGGCGGCGUUGUAGGGAAAGCUGGAGCUGGUCUUGUCGGCCCUGUAGGAAAAGCUGGGGUUGGACUUGCCGGCGGUAUUGGCGUUGGUGUAGGAGGCUAUGGCGGCAUUGCAGGUAAAGCUGGUGCUGGCGUUGUCGCUCCUGUAGGAAAAGCCGGAGUUGGAUAUGGCGGAGUUGGUUAUGGCGGCGUUGUAGGAAAAGCUGGAGCUGGUCUUGUCGGCCCUGUAGGCGUGGGUGCAGUUGGUUAUGGCGGCGCUGUUGGCAAAGCUGGAGCUGGCCUUGUUGGCGGUGUGGGAAAAGCUGGAGUAGGAUAUGGCGGAGUUGGUUAUGGCGGCGUUGUAGGAAAAGCUGGAGCUGGCCUUGUCGCCCCUGUUGGUGUGGGUGCAGUUGGCUAUGGCGGCGUUGGUAAAGUUGGUGCUGGCCUUGUUGGCGGUGUAGGAAAAGUUGGGGCUACCAUUGUCGGUCCUGUGGGCAAAGCUGGAGCUGGCCUUGUCGGUGGUGUGGGAAAAGCUGGGGUUGGUCUUGUCGGCGGUGUAGGAAAAGCCGGAGUGGGCCUUGUUGGCGGAGUGGGAAAAGCUGGGGUUGGUCUUGUCGGCGGUGUGGGGAAAGCUGGGGUUGGUCUUGGCUAUGGACUUAAUGGUCUCGGCGGCUACGGUGGCUACGGUCACGGUGGAUACGGCGGCCUAGGUGGACUGUAUGGCCAACAAUUCCGCUACCACGGAAGUUAUGCUGGCAAGUGCGGGUAUGACGGCGUCUACGCCGGGGACGCACACACUCUGGUCUUUUGCACCAACGGUCGUGCCCUGCUUCAGCCUUGUGCUCCGGGCUCUGCCACCACUGGUCUUAAAGUAGGAAAAUACUAUCCCGCCACGGUGUGCAACGUGAACCUUAUUGGCGGCAAAGCUUUCUACGGUUAAAAAGAAGUAGCCAAUAUUCAUCGCCAACCUGCGUGUAAUUUAUAGGAUAUCAGGGCGCAUGA